AUGGGAGAUAAUAUGGCUAAGAAAAGGACUGCAAGUACGUUUGGAUCCCCUGUUAAGGCACAGGAAAGCGACGUGAAGUCAUCGAAGAAGACACUUUCGGCGGCAAGCAAUCCUAAUAACAGUAAAUUAUCAGAAGUAAAGAAGAAAUACAAAUUUGCGCCGAUCAAUAAUCUUAGUGAUCAACAAGGUGCUCAGAAAAGUGUUCUCCGAUCCAUUUCACUGUCUCAAAUUCGAAAUACUAAGGCGCGCGACGAUAGUCUAAAGGAAUCAUCGGAUCAAAUCAAAUGUGCAAAAAGUCACCCAAAAAAAGAAGUAGCUCCGCAUUCAAAGCCUCAAUCAAAGAAUCAAUCUGAGGCUUUCUCUGAGGGACCCUCGGAAGAAGUCAUAUGGCAGUACUCGCCAGCUAAAGUGGCACGAGAUUUCUCCGAACGUGACACAGCCUAUCGCUCGUCUUCUGAGGAGAGCUUACAGCAGGUUUUCAAAGAGUCAUCCACUCCUAUAGUUCACAAUAAGUUCAAAAGCAUACUUAGCUUUUCCCAUAUUAAGGCCAGUGAUGAGGCAGAGGAUCAUCAAGACAAAGACUCCAAAAGAGCCUCAAGGCGCCAAAACUCAACGGCGAGAAAUACUUGUACAAACAUUGGCUUUCGGACCUCUACUAGAGACAUCGAAGACAUCAUCAAUGACCUCGAAGGUGGUUUUGACGUCAGGCCGACGCCCAAGCCGGUAGAUAUACCUUCAUCACCCAUCAAGAUGAUCUCCCAACCCAAUGAAAAUGACACCGUGCACGAUACAAAUGAUAAUUAUCAUAGAUGGCACGCAUCCUCUGAUUCAUUGGAUGCUGAUGACUCUCUGAUUGAAAUAUUAACUCAAAAGUUUUCAGAGCGAAAACCCAAUGCGCCUACAUUGCAUCGUGAGGGUAAAACAAACAGCUCGCUGACUGGGAAGGCUGCACUGCAUGACAUUUCUUCUGAAAAUACUUCAGAUGAUAUGAUGGACAACUCCUUGAUUGAAUAUCUCGAGGAACACAACUUUACUCAAACAAAAACCAACGCCAAAACUAAAACUAAUACUGCAUCAAUUGAGAAGGAAAUCGUAGACGUCGAAGAGAGAUUCUCUCAAAAUUUCAAAGUUUGUGAGAAUACAAGUCGUAAUGAGGAAAAAAUGCAAGACUUUAUGGAGCGCACAAAACUUGCAGUUAGAAGAAAAGGAAUGGAACGUCUUGUGAUUAUUGAUAUCCAAGUGAGCAACGCUAAUACUAAAGAGAAAACUUUGAUGUGUAAAAAUGACAGAGAUGAUUACGUUCCAAUAAUUGUUCGUGCUCCUUGGGUUUAUCUUGAUUACAAAGAGGGGGACGUAGUUCACGUCAUUGAAGGUGAUAACACAGACGACAAAAGACUAUUUUCAGACGAGCGCGAUGCCAAAACAGGAAAGAUUAAUGAUAACCUGUUAAUUUUGAACCCUGAUAUUUUGAUAUCAGCGACAUCCGUGGGGGGUUCGGUGGAGUGUCUAAGACGAGCAAUUUUGAACACUAAACUCGCCUGUCCCACAGAGGCUAGUAUUGUCAUUUUAAUCGGAAAUAUAGUUCACGAACUGCUCCAGAACUGUUUGCAAUAUAAAGUUGAUCAUUCUGAAGUUACUGAUCAAUACAUUCGCGAAAAUUUAGAAAGCAUUGUUGACGCAUACUCCAUAGAUAUCAUAAUGUGCAAUAGCUCAAAGGAGUUGGUAGUUGACCGUGUGUUAACUGAUCAUGCGUCAAAUAUUAAAGUAUUUGUUGAAAAAAAUGUGAAAAACGACACCGACAAUGCGUCCGUUACAGUGUCUGGCACUAGAACCAGGCAGGUUGUCUCUUUUUCAAAUAUCAUUGAUAUCGAAGAAAAUAUAUGGUCUCCUAUGUACGGGGUAAAAGGGUUCAUUGAUGUCACAGUAGAGGCUAAGCUAAAUCAGAAUCAAAAGUACUUGGCUCCUUUAGAACUCAAAACGGGGAAGACUAAAUCGAUAUCCCAUGAAGCGCAAGGAAGUAUUUAUGCACUUCUACUAAAAGAUAGAUAUGAAAUACCGGUGGAUAUGUUUUUCCUGUUUUAUACUAAGCUAAAUGAUUUUGUGAAGCACAACAUACUUCUCACGUCACUUAAGCAUCUGAUAAUGUUAAGAAAUCGUAUGACAACAUAUUUGAGAAAUCAUCUUCGUGAAAUCAGAGAGCUUUCUCCUUGUGAAACCAUGUUGCCUCCAAUUUUAGCCAGCUCUUCUUGUGAUAAUUGCUACUCUCUUAACGAAUGCAUGACGUUAAACAAGCUUUGCGAUGAUGGGACAUCAGAAAAGAGUGGCCUGCCGAAAGGUACAUACGACAAAAUUACUGGUCAUCUAACAUCCAAUGCAAAACGAUACAAAGAAUUCUAUUCAAAAUACGAUGAUCUCAUUUCCAAAGAAGAGUCGAGCCUUAACGGAAUGAAUAAGGAAAUAUUUUUAAUUGAUAGUAAGACAAGAGAAUCAUUAAGUGGUAAAUGUUUAAGUGGAUUAAUGAUAGCAGAGUUGAAGGAAGAUAUCUCCAAUAAAACCUUUGCAUUCACCUUUACCAGGUCAAGUGAAAGCCCUGCCACACCCUUAAUGACCAACUCACAAUUAUCCAAAAAUGAUAUGAUAAUUGUGAGCGACGAAGUUGGUCAUUAUGCUCUUUGCACUGGCCGUGUUUUGGAUAUUUCUAGUUCAUCAGUCACCAUUUCAACGAAACGAAGGCUAGAUGCUCACAAUUUAAAGGUCAAGGGCUUCGAUAGGAACGAAAGGCAAGUAUUGAGAAGUCUUUUAACAUCAGAUAAGUCUACACUACCGGGAACAUCCAAUGAAAAAACAUAUCGAAUUGAUCGUAAUGAGGUUCAGCAAGGACUUGCAUUGGCGCGUUAUAAUGUCUUGAACCUUUUUUUACCUCCUAUUGAUGAAGACGUUCUCAAAGCUAGCAACGCAGAAAACCCCAUUAAGCGCUCCCUUGGUGGUGAUCUAAAAACAAGAGAACUUGUGGUAGACGAUAAGUGUCCCAAAUUUGUGCCUUUGAAUGAGAAGCCGUUAAUCCCCUACGACACCAAUUUGGCAAGCGAGUUCAAUGAAGAUCAAAUAAGAGCCAUUGACAAGGUUUUCAGAGCAGAAAACUACGCUCUUAUUCUGGGAAUGCCAGGGACGGGCAAAACUACUGUUAUUGCAAAAAUUAUUAAAGAAAUAGUUUCCCACAACAAAACAGUUCUUUUGGCUUCUUACACACACUCCGCUGUCGAUAAUAUAUUAAUAAAGCUGAAGGGGUCAGGCAUUGAUAUUAUCAGACUUGGAAGUCAUCACAAGGUUCACCCAGAGGUUAAGGAGUUUUUAGUAAACUUUGAUGGAGUUGAACGAUACGAAAAUUUAAAGGAUCUCGUUCAAAAGCCGUCAGUGAUGGCUACUACAUGUCUUGGUGUGCAUGACAUUUUACUAACCUUUCGCAAAAGAGACUUUGAUUACGUGAUUUUAGAUGAGGCCAGUCAAGUUUCUUUACCAAUCGCGUUAGGUCCCUUGAGAUUUGGCGCAAAGUUUAUCUUGGUCGGCGAUCAUUACCAGCUGCCGCCCUUGGUAAAGAACGACGCCGCCAAGGCCACGGGUUUGGAAGUGUCGCUGUUCAAGAUGCUGUGCGACAAGCACCCUGAAACCGUUGUGGAACUCACCUACCAAUACCGGAUGUGCGGCGACAUUAUGAAGCUGUCCAACUAUCUCAUUUACAAUGACAAAUUAAAGUGUGGUACCGAAGAAGUCCGAAAUCAAAAACUCGAGGUGCCCCACAUUGCCGAGUUAAGCAAGUACAAAAGCGCUAGCUGCUCCCAGGAAUGGCUAAAGGAUGUCAUGCAAAGUGAAAAAAGAGUCAUAUUCUUAGACCACGACGGAUGCGACGGCAUUCGAGAAAUCUCAGACAAAGAUAACAUACGGAAUCCAGGCGAGGCCGAGCUGGUUCGUCAGUGCGUCGCCGCGAUGACAGAAUGCGGCAUUCCGCGCGAGGCGAUCGGCGUCAUGACAAUGUACCGCGCGCAACUUCGCCUGGUCAAGAAAAUGUUCGACACCGACGAGCACAAGGAUCUCGAAGUCCUGACCGCAGACCAGUUUCAAGGCCGUGACAAACAAUGCGUCAUCAUAUCCAUGGUCCGCAGCAACAAGGAAUUAAACGGCGGAUCGUUGCUGCGUGAGUUGCGCCGUGUCAACGUCGCCAUGACAAGAGCCAAAUCGAAACUGAUCAUCAUUGGCUCAAAAACCACCAUCGCCUCAGUAGACGAGUUGCGUGAUUUCAUGGCCAUGAUGGACCGCCAGAACUGGAUCUAUACGCUUACACAAGACUGUCUACAUUGCUACGACAUUCCGAGCUUCCCGAACUCCCAACGGCGCCAGCGGGCGGCCACUAACGAGCCCGUAUUCAACAAAAAUAUAACCGUGACAUCCAAAUUCGUACGCGACAAGCCGGUUAUUCGCGACACUCUUAACUCCAUGUGA